GUACUCAAGCUUUGCCAUCGCACCUUUCAUAAUAAAUAUGCGGCUCUGCAUCGGUACACUGGAACAGCUCAUGUGCUCGUGAGUGCCAGAAUAACACACUGAACACACAGCUGCCUUUGAUUAAUCUAGUCUUCCGUCUGUGGAUGUACUCAGUGUGGUGUCCCUGACGCAGACGAGAGCAGCAGAGGCUGAAAUCCCGCCCCGGAGCAGAGACAGACGGCACGGGACCGCGGCGGACUGACACUGGCCCCGAUGGCCAAGAACACGCUGUCUUCGCGCUUUAGGAAGGUGGACAUUGAUGAAUUCGACGAGAAUAAAUUCGUGGACGAUCACGAUGAGGCUGCCGACCAGCAAGGACCGGAUGCGCUGGAAGUCGACAACCUUCUCAGGCAAGGGGACACAAUGUCAGCUCUUCACAUUGCUCUUAGGAAUCCUCCAAUCCACAGCAAGAACCCAGCAAUAAAGGUAAAUUCUCUUCUGCAUGCUCGUAUUGCACAGCUGAUUGAUAUACAGAUUCCCUCCUGUGUUUUCUUUUCUCAGGAAAGAGCACAGACGGUGGUAUUCAGGGUUCUGACGUCUUUUAAGAGCAGCGAUAUUGAACCUGCUGUUAAAUCUCUCGACAAGAACGGCGUUGAUCUUCUCAUGAAGUACAUCUACAAAGGCUUUGAGAGGCCUACAGACAAUAGCAGUGCCAUAUUGUUGCAGUGGCACGAAAAGGUAUUUGCUGCUGGAGGACUGGGCUGUAUAGUUCGCGUUAUGACAGCCAGAAAGUCUGUAUGACCACCCGACAGAACCUGGAAAUAAUGUCGCCCAGAGACCCAGAGGAAACAAGGCAGGUUUGCCUGUUACUGGACAGAAGAAUAAGAGAACACUGUUUUGAAUGCUACUGUCUUGAUGAGGAACAAAAUGAACGGUAAACGGUGGAGAAAGACCGAAGCACUCAUUUCAAACUGAAAAAAUAUAUAUAAAUGCUUGUGUAAAAGUGAAGUGACAUUCAUAUGCCAAUACAUCAUAAAUUAAUCUAUGAUAUACUGGCGUCAAAAAAAAAAAAAAAAGAUUUCAGUCAGUGGUUUUGUGUGUGGGGUUGGGGGGGCGGAGUACUACAAAAGACAGAACAGUUCUGGUUUGUGUGUGCCGAGAGCAACACUUUUACAGUCAGGUAAAUGUGAAACAUAUGCGGUUGUUGUUUGGUUUGAAGUGUUUUCUGUGCUCAAAAAAAAAAGGAUUAAUCUGUUUUAUUUUCUUAUUUUAUUUCACAUCUUUGGUCCCAUACAUUGAUUUUUGUGCAGAGAUUUAAUAAUGGAACCAGUGAUGUACACCAAAGGGGAAAAGUGGGGAUCAUUGUAAAGUGCCUGCUAUACAAUAAAGUAAAUGGAUCUCCUUUA